AAACAAAAAACAGUACUUUUUUGUGAUUAUUACUUUGUGGCACCCAGUGAGUUUAGAAAAUUUUUUGUUAUCGGAAGUCAGCGACGUCGCUAACUUCACGCAGGUCAAUAAGUUAGGUUAACAAACCUAGUGGAAAAUCAUGAGUGCCGUCAAAGAAAUGUCAAACUUCUUACGGAGUCUUGGAAGUCAAGCUUUGAGCGUGCCCGAAGAAGAAAGGCCAGGAUUGUUUAAAAGUUUAUCAGACUUUAUUUCAAGUUCUGAAACUGGUUCCAUUGAUAUAAAAGGUAUUUGUAAAAUGUUAGCAACUACAUUAACAAAGUACAAGGACAACGCGUCGCAACAACUUGUAAGGAACCUGAUAGUAGAUAUGUUAAAGUUUCAUCAUGAUGCUUCUAUUGAAGGUAUGAUGAUGGUGUUUAAAGUAUUGGCUUUGAAAGAACUUCCGAAUGCUCCGCCGGGAAAGGCUUCAAAAGCUGCUUUAAUAGCUCUUGGUUGGACUGUUCUUUUAAAUAAAAAUGGAAACAAAGAAUCAAAUAUAUUUAAGGAUGAGCUUCUUCGACUUAUUGAUUACCAAGCUCUGAUAUAUCAAAUCGUACUUUUGGCUUCCAAUGAUCGCCUCAAAAUAUUAGCUAACGAAGUUCUUUUUGAAGUAUUUUCGGAAGAAUUCUUCUACGAUUAUUACAGAAAAGCGUUACUGAGAAAAGAACCAACAAGUCAAUCCCUUAUUAUACUACUUUUACUUUUGACAUAUAAGAGCUCGGAUAGUAUUUCGGAGUACAAGAGUGAUUUGAUAAGCUUCUUUAUCAAAGGAAUAAUUUCUGCCAAAAAUAAACCAAAUCUUUCUGCAGUGCAUCAUUGCGGUGCUUUUCUUAAAAAUAUUACAAGUAGCGAAUUUGAGAAUCAACUAUUGCCUCCAAUACAACGGGCUUUGCUACGAAAUCCAGAAAAUGUACUACAAGUUGUUGGAUUAAUAAUAAAUGAAGUGAAUUUCGACUUAAGCCCACAUGCGCUAAAGUUAGCAAAAGUGAUCGUACCAAGCCUUGUUUCAAAAGAUUUUGCCAUUUGGAAUGACGCUAUUGACACAAUUAAAUAUCUUGCAGUAAAAUGUUCAAAAGUAGACAUAAUUUCGGAAAUAUUCGAAACCUUUUUUGGAAUACUGAAUGGACCAGAAGGAAAAAAUACCGUUGCUGAAAUCCGCAUUAAUGUAUUACAGUGUACGGGAAUUCUAAAAUAUAACAGCGUGCCGAUAUCCGAAAUUUCCAAAAUGUAUCCACUUGUGAUAGAAUCCUUUUCAAAAAUCCUGUAUUCUGAAGUCCACGAAAAGGUUUUAUGUAAAUGCCUGGAAGCGUAUGGCAUGUGGUCAGCAGAAUUUCCAGAUGAAUUCUAUAUUUCUAUGUGCAAUGUAUUUCAAAAAGGUCUUGGGAUGAAAACUACUACUCAAGUUGUUCGUUUGUCAUAUCUACAAUGGCUUUUAACGACUAGUAAUAGAAACAUUUUUGUCGAGGACAAAUUAAUUACAUGCUUGUUGCAGAUUUUUGAGAAAGGAGUUCAAAGUUCAUCACAAAUUGCAUUUGUGUCAGAAGCGGUUAUUGCCACAUGCAUUCUUUUGAAGAUUGAUGGAUCGGAAAAACGAGAUAUGUUUGCUGGUUUUUGGAAUAACAUUUUGGACCUAAACAAAUCUGUAUUUUUUACAGACCGUUUUGUAGCUUCUGCUUCACCUGACAUACUGUGUUGCAUCAUUCUAAUUGCUGAACGACUGCUGGUAGACCACUACAAAAAUAUUAGGGGAAAUCACGAUGUUCUAUAUAAAAUAAUAGUCUCAUCAAUUCUCAACAGUUCUGAAAAGGUUAGGCAACAAGUUAAUAACGUUGUUGUUGAACUUGCAGCAUCGAAACAAAACAUUAUGUUCGCAAAAUCAAUUAUUGAUGAGCUAGACAAAUAUUUAACAACAUAUGAAAAGAAUCUGGAUACAAACGAAGCUGACAUACUCGCAAAAUCAUUAAUUAAAACAAUUUAUUUAAUUUCCAACAUGUCAAAUCUACCCAACAUUGAAGCCGAAUCUUUAUCACUUCAGUUAAUAAUUAUGUGUCAUCAUCCCUUAAUAGCAAACGUUGAACCUGAUUUGUGGGAGAAUUUGCUUAAAAAUCAAUUCCAUCUAAAUCCAAUAAAAUUUAUUUCAUCGAAUCCGAAGAAAAUAUUCGAUAUUGCAAUAAAUAAAUUUAAGCCAACAUCCCAAUAUGAGAAUGCAAUUGCCACUUUAACACGAUUAAGCCCUGACAAAUUUUUAUCACUGCUAAUAUCGGAAGUUUCGUCUAAACUUAUUGAGCCAAAUUUAAUUAAUAUAACGGAUGAUGAAUAUUUUACCUUUUUAACACCCGAAGGAGAGUUGUAUGACAAAAGCGUCUAUCCAAACCACGAUGAAAUCUAUUGCACAACUGGCCUAAAAAGAGAGAAUAAGGCUUAUAGUUAUAAAGAGCAGCUGGAGGAGCUUCAGUUAAGAAGAGAAAUAGAGGAAAAGAAACGGAAAGAGGGGAAAGGAAAACCAAUUAAGUUAACAACAAAACAACAAGAAACGAUAAGAGCACAAACAGAAAAGGAACAAUUGAUUAGAAAUCGACUUAGUACCUUAAAUAAUCAAUUGAUAUGUUCCAUUAAAAUGAUGGGCGCUUCUUCAAAAGGAAAUGCUAAACAAUUUUCUCUUCACUUUCCAAAACUACUUCCCGUUAUUUUGAAUGCAAUGAAAUCACCCUUAUCUGCAGAGCUCUUAGUAGAUCUUUAUUAUAAUCUACACAAAGCAUGUUUUAUUAAUUCAAAAUUGGGAGAACAAAUUGCAAUAACAACUAUACGUCUGGCCGAACCUCGCUGUGAUCUAAAUUCAAAUUGGUUGGUUCAAAAUUUGAAUGACGCCGUUGUGGAUACUUUGGUUGCAUUAAAAAUGUAUACUUUAGAUGAUCAUAAAACUUUGGAUUGUCCUGCAUUUACAUAUUCUUUCCAAUUCAUUGAAAGAGCUCUUCGGGAUAAAUAUGUUGUGAACAAUGAAGCAUUACAAAUAUCUGGCAUCAAAAUAAUUGAAAAACAUGCUCAAAAAAGAGGAACUACACCUACUGGUGACUUACUUGACUUCCAACAUCCAAAAUAUAUGCCUGUUAUGGAUAUGUUCAGUUUGCUGCUUUUUGUUAUACGUGUACAUUGCGGACUAAUACGAAGUAAAGCCUUGAAUGCACUACUUGAAGUUGCAAAAUGCAACACGGGCGACGAUUAUUGCACAACGGCACGACAAACCGAAAUCGACUUAUUUUUAAAAGCGUUGGAGGACAGUAUGGAUGGCAUUAGGGAUGCAGCUCUACGCGUGUUACUAAUCUUACAUAAAUCGUUAGAAUAUGAAUGUAAAAAUGAUGUUGAUUUUGCAGUUCGUUUAAAAAAUAGUGCUUGGCUUGCUAAAUUUGAUGUAUUCAUAGACAACCGAUUACUAGGGAUAGAACUUUGGGAGAAUCUUAAUUUAGACCUUCCAGAAUAUACCCAAAUAUUACCUUAUGUGACUCAUCCCGAAGUUUGCAUUCAAAAAGCUGCUUCGGAAUCUUUGCAACCAUUGUUGCAAAAAGAUCCGUCGCGUACAAAAGGAGUUUUAAAAAGACUUUUAAAAAUAUAUAAUGAAAAACUUACAAAAAUUCCUCCAAAAUUAGACAAAUUUGGUCGUGAAAUUGAACCUGCAUUAGACCAGUGGCAAUCAAGAAGAGGAGUUGCAAUAGCAAUCUCAAAAGCUGCAAUAUAUUUUUCACUUGAUGAUGUGAACCACGUAAUGCAAUUCAUGGUUUCUUCAGGACUUGGAGAUAGUGAUGAGAUCGUCCACAAAGAAAUGUUGGCUUCUGCUCUUACUAUUGUUGAUAUUCAUGGUAAGGAAACCAUCAUUAAUCUGCUGCCAGUUUUUGAGGAUUUUCUUGAUAAGGCACCAAAAUCGGAAAGAUAUGACAAUAUAAGACAAGCUGUUGUCAUUUUAAUGGGUUCUUUAGCCCGUCAUUUGGAGAAGGAUGAUCCUCGAAUUGAACCAAUAGUUAAAAGGUUAUUAUCAGCUUUAUCGACACCAUCGCAGCAAGUACAAGAAGCUGUCUCAAACUGCCUUCCACACUUAAUGCCGUCAGUAAGAGAUGAAGCUCCAAUAAUGAUAAAACGUCUUUUGCAGUUGCUAGUAAAAUCUGAAAAAUAUGGAGAACGUAGAGGUGCUGCAUAUGGUAUAGCAGGUAUUGUCAAAGGAUUAGGUAUUCUAUCCCUAAAACAGUUUGAUAUAAUGACCAAGCUUACAACCUAUAUUCAGGAAAAGAAAAAUUACAAAUCAAGAGAAGGAGCUUUGUUUGCAUUUGAAAUUUUAUGUACUACUCUUGGAAGGCUCUUUGAACCUUAUAUAGUCCAUGUACUCCCCCACUUAUUACAAUGUUUUGGCGAUUCUUCACAAUACGUUCGACAGGCCGCAGAUGAUACCGCUAAAGUUGUAAUGGCAAAGUUAUCAGCGCAUGGUGUAAAAUUGGUUCUGCCAUCACUACUUGAAGCAUUGGACGAAGACUCUUGGAGAACAAAAACUGCGUCUGUGGAGCUAUUAGGGGCGAUGGCUUAUUGUGCCCCCAAACAACUUUCGUCAUGCUUACCAUCUAUAGUGCCUAAAUUAAUUGAAGUGUUGGGAGAUUCUCAUACAAAAGUACAGGAAUCUGGAGCUGAUGCUCUUAAGGUUAUAGGAUCAGUUAUUAAAAACCCAGAAAUACAAGCUUUAGUUCCGGUUUUGUUAAAAGCUCUAGAAGAUCCCUCCAGGAAUACUUCUGUUUGUCUUCAAAGCUUGCUUCAAACAAAAUUUGUUCAUUUUAUUGAUGCCCCAUCCCUUGCUUUAAUAAUGCCGGUAGUGCAAAGGGCAUUCAUGGAUCGUUCCACGGAAACUCGAAAAAUGUCUUCUCAAAUUAUUGGAAACAUGUAUUCUUUAACAGACCAAAAAGAUUUGACACCUUAUCUUCCUAAUAUAAUUCCGGGUCUUAAAAUGUCGUUAUUGGAUCCAGUUCCAGAGGUAAGAGCAGUUUCUGCCCGUGCAUUAGGUGCUAUGGUGAGAGGGAUGGGUGAAUCAUCAUUUGAAGAUUUACUUCCAUGGUUAAUGCAAACUCUUACAUCUGAAUCAAGUAGUGUCGAUCGAAGUGGUGCCGCACAAGGUCUUUCGGAGGUUGUAGGCGGUCUUGGCGUAGAGAAAUUACACAAGCUUAUGCCUGAAAUCAUAGCUACAGCUGAAAGAAAUGACAUUGCUCCUCACGUGAAAGACGGCUACAUAAUGAUGUUUAUAUACAUGCCAAAUACAUUUCCUCAAGAUUUUACACCUUACAUCGGGCAAAUCAUAAAUCCAAUCCUUAAAGCCCUGGCUGAUGAGAAUGAGUACGUUCGCGACACGGCAUUAAAAGCUGGCCAACGAAUUGUAAAUCUUUAUGCAGAAACAGCCGUUACCUUGUUAUUGCCUGAGCUUGAAAAAGGACUAUUCGAUGACAACUGGCGUAUCCGAUUUAGUUCUGUGCAGCUUUUGGGUGAUUUGUUAUACAGAAUAUCUGGAGUUUCAGGAAAAAUGACUACAGAGACUGCAAGCGAAGAUGAUAACUUUGGAACUGAGCAAUCACAUACUGCAAUUAUAAGAUUUUUGGGAAAUGAAAGGCGCAAUAGAGUACUUUCCGGACUUUAUAUGGGUCGUAGUGAUGUUUCACUUAUGGUUCGCCAAGCAGCUCUGCAUGUGUGGAAAGUCGUUGUAACAAACACGCCAAGAACUUUGAGAGAGAUUCUCCCUACAUUGUUUGGGUUGUUAUUAGGUUGUUUGGCCAGUACAAGCUACGAUAAAAGGCAAGUUGCUGCGCGGACGUUGGGGGAUUUAGUAAGGAAACUUGGAGAACGUGUAUUACCAGAAAUAAUUCCUAUUCUUGAAAAUGGACUAAACUCUGAACAUGCGGAUCAACGUCAGGGUGUGUGCAUUGGCCUGUCUGAAAUAAUGGCUUCAACGUCUAAGGAAAUGGUGCUAUCGUUCGUUAAUAGCUUAGUACCUACAGUAAGAAAAGCACUAUCAGAUCCCCUUCCAGAAGUUCGAAUAGCUGCAGCAAAAACAUUUGAUUCACUUCACACAACAGUUGGAUCAAAAGCUUUGGAUGAUAUACUCCCUUCGAUGUUGGAAGGUCUUUCAGAUCCUAAUCCUGAAAUAGUUGAAUACACAUUAGACGGCCUUCGACAAGUUAUGACAAUUAAGUCUCGCGUUGUGCUUCCAUAUUUAGUUCCACAGCUAACUACGCCACCUGUUAACACUAAGGCACUUUCAAUUCUUGUAUCUGUAGCAGGGGAUGCACUUACAAAAUAUUUACCUAAAAUUCUUCACGCUUUAUUGCAAGCACUGUCUGAAGCGCAAGGUAGUUCAAAUGAGUCGCUUGAGUUAGAAUAUUGCCAGGUUGUGGUUUUAUCAGUAAGUGACGAUUUUGGAAUUCGAACCAUAUUGGAUACUUUAAUGGAAUCCGCAAAAUCUGAACAUUUAGUCACACGAAAGUCAUCUGCGUGUUUAUUGUCUGCAUUUUGUAUACACACACCUGGAAACUAUGGGCAAUAUGUGCCCCAAUUAUUACGAUGUCUUCUUCGAUUACUUGCAGAUGAAGAUCGAGACAUUUUGCAGCGAUCAUGGGAAGCAUUGAAUGCAGUUGUGAAAGGUUUAGACUCUUGUCAGCAAAUUGCGCAUGUGUCGGAUGUGAGACAAGCUGUACGUUUUGCAGCCAGUGAUUCUAAGGACAUUGAACUGCCAGGAUUUUGUCUGCCUAAGGGUAUUGCUCCUUUAUUACCAGUUUUCCGAGAAGCUAUACUUAACGGUCUCCCUGAAGAAAAAGAAAAUGCGGCUCAGGGUUUAGGAGAAAUAAUUGUUCUUACGAGUGCCCAAUCAUUACAGCCUUCGGUUGUCCAUAUAACAGGUCCGCUAAUUCGAAUUUUGGGUGACCGCUUCAAUGCUGGAGUAAAAGCUGCUGUUCUUGAGACAUUAGCAAUACUUUUGCACAAAGUUGGUGUAAUGUUAAAACAAUUUUUACCCCAACUUCAAACUACUUUUUUGAAAGCUCUGUAUGAUCAAAAUCGAACGGUUCGCAUGAAAGCUGGAAAUGCAUUAUCUGAGCUCGUUGUUAUUCAUACUAGAGCAGACCCACUUUUCAAUGAAAUUCACAAUAGUUUGAAAUCGAGUGAUGACCCUGCAAUUCGAGAAACAAUGUUACAUGCUCUUCGCAGUGUUAUUACACCAGCUGGUAAUAAGAUGUCUGAGAUAUUAAAAAAAAAUGUAACUGCAACGUUAGUUAGCUUUCUCGGACACCAGGAAGAUGUGACACGUAGCGCUGCAGGGGGAUGCAUGGGAUCAUUGCUCAAAUAUUUGCACUGUGAUCAAGUGCAAGACCUUGUACUUAAUAAUAUGCUAAUGUAUGAAUGUGACGAUCCAUUUUUAAAACAUGGCUGUACAGUUUUUCUAUUUGUUUCCCUAAAAGAAAGUGCAGAAGUAGUCCUAAGCUCUGGGCACGAAGCAGAAAUAUUAUCAUGUGUCGUAUCACUUAUAUCGACCGACAAAGUUCCAAUAGCAAGUAAUGGAAUACGGGCUGCUGCAUAUCUAAUAGAACAUUGCCUUUUAACGCACAGACCUAUAUCACCGCAACUUAUCUAUGCAUUUUCACGAGCAAUGAACCAUAAUAGUAAUGAAAUAAAGCAAUUGGUGGCUAAAAGCUGCAAUCAUAUUGCUAAAUCCGUAAAAAGUAAAACUCUUCCACCAGAACUGAUUAAAUACCUGAUUCCAAUGCUUGUAAAUGGCACGAAGGAAAAAAAUGGUUAUGUUAAAUCCAACUCUGAAAUAGCUCUUAUAACAAUUUUACAACUAAGAGAUGAUGAAGCCGUUUUUAACAAUGUAUGCCAGAUACUGGAUACAGGUGCUCGAGACUCCUUAUCCGAAGUAGUUUUUAAAGUUCUUCGCAAAGCCGCUGUACAUCCCGCAGGAAAGGACGACGAGCUUGAUGAUACCAUUUUAAUUUAAAAUGUACACGAUCCAAUCAUUUGUUGCUUUUAAAUGCAGUUUCGCCACUAUGUCAUUAUUUCUAUUUACUGCUGAAUAUGUAUGUACAUUGUAUUGAAUAAAGUAACCACAUGUUUUCACUUAUUUUGCACUA